AUGACCACUCGAGAGCUACCCUCGGUCUUGCCCUCCUUCUCGCCUGCCAAGGCCCUGCUGCAGUUUACCAAACCACUGCAACCAUCCAACACUGUCUCCGUGGUCGUAUUCCAUUCACGAGCUGACGCUGAAAAGGCCUUGGCAGGCACGCUCAAAAUCGAGAAAUUCUCAAUCUCCAAAUGCUACCUGUCCUACAAAGUGUCAGAGAUGCUGCGAGGCAAAUUGUCGGCCACCGUAAAGAGCAGGAUAACUGCGUUUGAGUUGUACCCGGAUACUGGCAUCGCUCUGCUCUACCUUAAAAUGCCACAGGACUUCAGUUUUCUCCUGCAAUUGGCGAAAAAGAGUCGACUGAAACUGGAUGGGAAGAAGCUGACCAUCAGCCCUGUAUACUUGUUCUGGGACAUGAGGGCCAUCACAGAGUUUUCACAGAAGCGGCCUGCCCCUCCCAAAAAAGAGACCAGGGACUCUCUCACAGCCAACCGCUUCGAGGAGAACGGUGCUCUCCUCUAUUCCUUACGCUCCAUGGAGAAACAUGCGCCGUGGGUGCGACACGUCUACAUCGUCACGAACGGGCAGAUUCCAUCCUGGCUCAACCUGCAAAACCCCCGCGUUUCAAUUGUCACACACAAGGAAAUCUUCCUGAACAUGAGCCAUCUCCCCAACUUCAACUCGCACGCUAUCGAAAGCCACCUUCAUCGCAUCCCAGGCAUCUCGCAAAAGUUCCUUUACCUCAACGAUGACAUGAUGUUUGGCAAAGACGCAUGGCUGGACGACUUCUACACCCCAACCGAUGGGCAGAAAGUCUAUCUGGCCUGGCCUUUAGGUGCCUGUUCAAAAGGCUGUCCAGGAAACUGGAUCAACAACGGUCUUUGUAAUCCACAAUGCAACAAUGCCGCUUGUCAAUGGGAUGGAGGCGACUGCAAAGGAAGAAACCGCAUGUCAAAAAGAAGUGCUCGUGAUGGUGAUCUACCUCAAGCUAAGAAGACUCAGGCAACCAGCCAGAAGUCAAGCCUGACACAAAACCCACCGAGCUUCUUCUCAAACGAGAAUGAGAACAGAGAUCCCCAUAUCCAGAGCAAACAGCAUGGGGAGAAAAAACAGAUCAACACGGAAGCGGUUGACUGGAAAACUCCUUUGGAGAUGAAGCUCCAACAGUUUGUUUCUUCUUUCAAGGGAUUCCUCAAAUACUUUCAAGAACUACUUGAGGUAA